AUGCAGCAGGAGGGUGGCGGCGGCGACAAGAAUGGCGGCAGCAAGGAUAGGAAGGAGCUCAAAGACGGAAGAAGCGAAGGGGAUAUCAGCAGCGGGCGAAGCGUCAAGGGCUGCGAUGUCUUACCCGGCAGGGCGGGCGGCAGGCUGCCCGUUGGUACCGGUAUACCGAAACGGUACCGGUAUACACUGCUCCUGCUUGUUGCUGACCACACGUGGCGAGCUCUCUCACUUCGUAUUUGGAAGAACAAGCAGCAAGCAGUCAAGAAAUACCCGCCUCUCCUCGUCCCUUUUCGGAUCGAGCUGAUGGAGGGUGGCGACGACGGCAUGCAGCAGGAGGGUGGCGGCGGCGACAAGAAUGGCGGCAGCAAGGAUAGGAAGGAGCUCAAAGACGGAAGAAGCGAAGGGGAUAUCAGCAGCGGGCGAAGCGUCAAGGGCUGCGAUGUCUUACCCGGCAGGGCGGGCGGCAGGCUGCCCGUUGGCGAGCGUUAA